AUGGCGACUGAUGCACCAGCCCAGGAGGGUCACCUCCAGAAGAGGUUCUCAAAGAUCACUAUGAUCGGCAUGGCUUUUGCCAUUCUCAAUACAUGGAUUUCUCUUGCUGGAUCAAUAGGUCUAGUAAUGCCAUCAGGCGGCUCUGUUAGUUUCGUCUACGGAUUUAUUUUCUGCGUUCUUUCCGGAGGACAGUAUCACUAUUCCUUUGCUCUUUCGUCCAAGAAAUGGAAGACUAUUAAUAGCUUCCUUGUUGGAUGGACAAAUAUUGCUGGCUGGUUGACUCUCAACACAACUGCAGCCUACUUCGGAGCUCGAUUUCUUGCUGCGGCUGCUGUCGUCGGCUCUGGAGGUAGCUACGAAAUUACCCAAUGGAGCACGUAUCUGAUGUUCGUCGCUGUGUCUAUCGUCGGCGUGUUCCUGAACAUCUUUGGCUAUCCCAUCCUGAAUCGAUGGAACGAAGGCGCCUUGUAUUGGUCUCUGCUCAGCGUCGUCGUCAUCAGUAUCGUCCUUCUCGCUACCUCUCCCAAGACUGACGCAGAGUUCGUCUUCACCAACUUCUCAAAUACCACCGGAUGGAGUGAUGGCACGGCUUGGAUGCUUGGUCUGUUACAGUCAGCUCUGAGCUUCAUUGGUUGGGAUGCCGUGGCACAUAUGACUGAAGAAAUGCCUCGACCAUCCAAGGAUGCCCCCCAAGCCAUGGUUGCGGCAGUCUUGGUCGGAGGCGUGACCGGAAUCUUCUUCAUCAUCGUCAUGCUCUUUUGCUUCGUCGACCUUGAUCUGCUGCUCGCAUCGCCUACACAAAGCCCUCUUACAGAGAUGAUACUGCAAGCGACCAACAGCCGAGCUGCUGCAACCGUACUAACUGUUGCUGUUGCACUGUGCUUCGUCAACGGUGCUAAUGGUUGUGUUACCUCCGGCAGUCGUCUCAUCUGGGCUAUGGCACGAGAUGGCGGUACUCCCUUUUCCAGAUAUCUGUCGCAUCUUCAUCCCAAGCUCAACGUUCCUGUUCGAGCUAUUAUCGUGCAGGCUAUAUUCAACCUUCUCUUCGGUCUUCUUUAUCUUGGCCCCGAGGUUGCUUUCAAUGCUUAUAUUGCAAGCUGCACACUAUUCCUCAACCUCUCAUACGCGGCCCCUGUGCUUAUCCUUCUGAUUCGAGGCCGACAAAUGGUGCUUUCGCAGCCUCCCGAGUUUUCUCUUGGUCGUGUCAAAGGCUACAUCGCGAACUACACAGCCGUCAUCUUUGUGGCUGUGACCUCUGUUUUCUUUUGCUUCCCUCCUGCAAUUCCCGUCAACGUGUCAACUAUGAUAUUGGGCAUCUUCAUCGUAUUUGUAGCGGUUCUUUGGCUCGGAAAGAGAAAGUCUUACGAGGGACCCAAACUUGAGUACAUUCUGGGGGAAGAAUUGCCCGUGACAGAUACAGUGUCACAGAGGGGCCCUAAAGAAAUUUCCUCUAGCUCAACCUCGAAGCACGAUGAAUAA